AAACAUGGUUAUCCUUCUAGGGCCCUAUCGACUCCCCCCCCCUCGCCUCCCUUAUCCUUUUCUCUUCCAGCUGUUGGCUCUACAGUGCAGGCCAGAGGGUGAGAAAAAGAGACAGAAAAGCACAGCAAGAAAGACUACGGGAAAACUUGGAAGGGAAAGACGGGGCGAGAAGCCAGAGGAGAGAGGAAGGGACGCAUGAUGAGAGGAGAAGAAACAGAGGAAACCCAUUCCAGCUGUGUUUCUGCAACAAAUAGAGUUGUGAUAACAUCUUCACGGUGAAGAAUUUUCUGCCGCUGCACGCCAAGGGAACAAACAAUUACAUCUGACAUUUUUGGUCAGUAUCAGGCUGUUUAUUUUUAAUCAAGCUGUAAUCCAAACAGAUGAUCUAGUAAUAGGACAGAAACAGCACUGAGUUUGAGUGGAUAACAAGUCUUAUUGGUCCCUUCUUAAAAAACCCCACAAAACAAACAAACUUUGCUUUGUGCACCAAGAGCCUUUCCAGAACUUAUUCGAAAAGAUUUAAACAUGAGUGCAGACAACUCUAGCCUGCUGGACAGCCUGCUCUUUCCCCCUCUCUGCGAUGGCUGGAGCAACAACACAGAGGGAGCCAUCUACCAGUUGGGUAACACCAUCCUCUUUCUGGGCUACAUGGGAGGAAGCGGGGCCUACGGGUGCCUCUUCAUCUUCGGCUUCCUUUGUCCCGGUUUCCUGUGUCUCCUUCUGUGGGGAUUGCUUACAGUGUGCGGCCUGGAUGUCUUCACCUGGAACCUGCUUCUACUACUGGUCUGCUUGCUUCAGCUCUGUCACCUCCUUUACCGGCUGCACCAGGAGGGCAUACGAGGUGAGGAGCUGGCCUCCCUCUACCAGGCGGUCUACCUGCCCCUGGGCGUGCCUGUCCAGGUGUUCAAGGAGAUUGCAAAGGCUUUUGAGAACAAGGUGCUGGAGCUGAAAGCAGGAGAGACUUACGCUGUGGAGGGAAAGACCCCCAUUGACCAGCUCUCCUUUCUGCUUUCUGGAAGGAUCAACGUGUCUUUGGAGGGCCAGUUUCUGCAUUACAUCCACCGACACCAGUUCCUCGACUCUCCCGAGUGGGAGUCUCUGAGACCAAACGAGGAGGGAAAGUUCCAGGUGACCCUGACAGCAGAGGAAGAUUCCCGUUACAUCUCAUGGCGUCGCCGCCGCCUCUACAUGCUGAUAUCAAAGGAUCGCUACAUCGCCCGUCUCUUCUCUGUAAUGCUGGGACACGACAUUGCUGAAAAGCUCUACAACCUUAACAACAAGCUCUACAUCAAAAGUGGCGUGCUGUUGGACAUCCGCCUGCCAAGCCUCUACCACGUGCUAGCUCCUGCCUCACAGGGCAGUGAGGGUGGCAGCGGCAGCGAUGGAGGCCCUGCCAGGGAGCAACAAACUGAACAGCAGUGCCAAGACCCAGAGCUCACCUACCAGAUGCCUGACAGACCUAAACCUCAGCCUCUCCAGCCCAAACCUCAGGGACCAAUGAAGACAGCCGUGGAUGAACCCUUGCAUGACCCUUAUCACCCUUCCUGGGCGUUUGACCCGGAGCUGCCCAUUGGUGAGGACUCCACCAGCCUGGUCCUGGAGGACUUUGCUGAUGUGGCGGGCUCCUUAACGGAUUAUGGCAGUGAGAGGGAAUAUUUGAGGUAGAGAGGGAGGGUGUUGGAGCUAACACACGGGGGCACCACUUAAGCUACAUGAGGUGAUGGGAAUCUACCGCCUCGAUUCCAGAGGGUCAGAGCGCCGCUGGCUCCCACUGAAACCCCUAAACUGUGAGACGUCUCUCCUGGAAACACUUUGUUAACACUAUGAAUGUGUUGCAAGUCACUAUGACACCAUCUCCUCCUCCUUCUCUGUUCCUGUUCUUCAGUCCUGAGUAUGAAGAAUAUAAAUUCUUAACAUUUAUUUUGAAUUAAAAUUUAAGUCAUAGAACAAACUUUACUGACACCUUUUAACAGUUUGACAUAUUAUUUCAGAGUGUUAACAUUUUCCUUGUUACCAUUUAGUCUUUAGGCCUUUAGGCCAAAAUAUCCCAAGAUACAGUGACCCUGAGUGUGUAAAUGACCUACAACCUAAGACAACACUGGCAAAUAGAAAAAUGCUACAAAAAGCAUAAAAAGACACAGAAGUUGAAUAAAUCAUGAAUGAAGUGAAUAAAACUCAACAGAUAUUAAAGUAGAAAAAAACAAAAUCUCACAACAUAAGUGUUUUUUGGGAGACAAUUUGUUAAAGUGACAGAAACCUAAAGAUGAAGGAUUGCACUGAGACUCGUUUAAAGAAAGCGGAACAUUUAUUUGUGUUGUGAGGGAGAAAAGUUGGAAGGUAAUGUGUUGUAAUCGCAUGCUUCAUACAGUACUGUAGAUACAUGUUUGCUAUUAGCCAUAGAUCAGCAGAAGUCAGGUUCAGUGUAUGCCGGUUAUUUUGUUGUAGAAUUUUGCAGUGAUCCUACGGCCACAGUACGCGGUGGACAUGGUCAAUUGUGUAUGUGGAACAGCCAAAAUUGUGCUUCACAAUUAAUAUUUUUAAGCUAAUUAGCAUUUAAUGCAAUUAUAGCUAAGUUAGUGAAUCUCAAUUUGGGCCUUCUGGUAUUAUUUUGCUUGCGAUGUUACUGACCCCAUUGAAAAAUGUUUCAUCGGUAAAUCUCUUCAGCGAACAAGAAUUUAUUUCUGUUGUGAGGGAGAAAAUGAUCCAGGUAAUGUGUGUUUUAAUUGCAUGAUUCAUGUAAUACUGUAGCAACAUGUUUGCUAAUAGCCGUUGACUGUUAGCUUUUCUGUCACUUUAAUGUCUUCCAAAAACACUAUUUUGUUAGUUUUUUUAAUUGUUUUGGGAAGCUUUUGUUGUGUUUUUCCACUUCAUUUUUUUUUUGUUUUGCUAAUGCUAAUUAGCGCUUCCAUUGUGUUAUUUGUGCUUUUGCUGCAUUUUUCCAUUUGCUGGUGUUUUCUUCAGCUGCAGUGCAGAGAUCUUUCAUGGCCUCUCUACCAAGAGUCUGAAAUCUGCCUUUAACAUUUUAAAUACAGUAGACUAUAAAAUCAAAUAUUUAACAAAUUAAAAGACUCAGAGAAGCAUCUCUCCAGUAGACAUACUAUCUUGCUGAUAUUUUACCAACAUGUCCUCAUGUAUGAAUUAGGCCCCAAAUGAAAUCAUAUUUACACUAUCAUAUUGAUUGGCACUGUAGAACUGAGGACAGGCAGCCUUCACUUUGUUACCUACCAGCACAUUUAAUGUCUGAAAUGUCAUUUCAUAUUAUGUGACUAAAUUUGCUUAUAUUUCAGAUUGGAACUGUUUUUUAUUCAGAUUUGAUUUUCACGUGAUUUAAUGUUACAUUUCACUUUUGAAAUUUGCUUCACAAAUAAUAAUAAUAAUUAAUGUUGAUGUAAUGUAGGAAGGUUGCUGCACAUUUUCUGGGUCUGGUUUAAAACAUGUUUUGUCAAAGCUAUUUAAAGUUAUGAGACAGCUUAACGUUGGCAGAUGUACAUUACAAUCAAAUGUUCUUCCUUCAAGCUCUGGAAAGCAUUUGGCUUUGUAUCCUUGAUCUUUUCAGACCUGUCUGGAACAUUUUAUGUACAAAACCUGCCAACUGGUUCUGUUGUCUUCUAUCAUUUCACUGCAAUGUUUUGAUGUGUCAUGUUUAGAUUAGUGAUCAGAUUACCAAAGUCAUCCUUUUACAUGUUCUCUGGUGAUAUAUAUUAGAAGCCUGAUUUUUUAAAAAUGUUUUUAAACAUUGUUGUGUUUAAUACAUGGGCAUAAUGUGAA